AAACGCUUUCAAUUCGUUUUGCGGAUAAAUUCUUAUCAACGUUUAUAUAUCUCAUUUCUCUGGAUUUUCUGGUAUACUUAUCGAUUUAAUUCAACAUGGGGUCGUCUAAAAAACACAAGGAAAAGGACAAGGAUCGGGAAAGGAAACACAAGCAUAAAGACCGUGAUAAGGACCGAGAUAGAGAGCGGAAACACCGGAGCAAACACAGCCACAAACACAGGGAGAAGAAGGACAGGGAUCGUCGUGUCGUUGAGAAAGACGUGGAAGCCGGGGAAAUUUCUUCGCCAGAACAGAAAAAUGACCGAAAACGUCGGAGGAGUGUUAGCCCAUCCCACAUAAAACUUGAGAAAGAUGUUGAAUUGCAAGAUGAGAAACAAGACAGUGCGCCAGCUGGUGGUGGUGAUUCAGGAGGGUUCACUGGUAGUCUCAGUAUUGAAGAAACAAAUAAACUUCGAGCCAAACUAGGGCUUGCUCCAUUGGAUGUUGACGAUGAGGGGGCUGGAGAACCGGGGGAGAUCGUGGAAGAGAAGAAAGAUGUCCACAAGCCUGCAGUCAACAUUUCUGAUAUCAAGAAGACGGAGGCUCUUAAAGAGAAAAUGGCACAGAUUCGUGAGAAGAGACUCAUCAACAAGAAAUUGCACAAAGUCAAGACGUUGGCUGAUGAUGAUGACGAUGAUGACGCUGCAGCUUGGGUGGAGAAGAUGAGGAAGAAACAGGUUGCCAAGGCUGAAGCAGACAAGAGGGCAAAGAUGCUGGAGGAGAUGGAUGCAGAAUUUGGUAUUGGAAAAAUUGUCGAGGAUGAAUUCAGCAAGACUAAAGAGCAAAAUACAUAUUCUCGGAGAAACUUGGAAGGAUUUAAAGUGGAACAUUCGAUGAAGAACUUUCAAGAAGGACAAAAUGUCAUUCUUACGUUAAAAGAUAUGGACGGCCUGGAGGAGGAAGAAGAUGUAUUAGUGAAUGUUAACAUGAUCGAUAACGAGAGAGCUAAGAAAAAUGUGGAACUGAGAAAGAAGAAACCAGAUUACAAGGCCUACCAAGAAGAUGACUUUGAUGAAGAUGGAAUGUUCCGGCACAAGACGCUUCUUGGCAAGUAUGAUGAAGAGAUCGAAGGAGAGCAGAAGAGAUCGUUUCGUCUUAACCAGUCAGGUACUGCCAACGUGGGCGAUGAAGAUUAUAUGCAGAACAUCCGAGAUCAACUUAAGCAACAGGCCGUCAGUCUGGAUAUGAAAGCACCUUCCUUAGCAUCCGAGUAUUACACAGCAGCUGAGAUGGAAACCUUCAAGAAACCCAAGAAGAAGAGAAGGAAACUAAAAGCCAAGUCAAUAGCAGACGAAUUAACUCCUCUAGCAGAUACAGGCAAGGAUCACGGGGCAAGAGGAGGGAUAAGGAGAAGGCAUAGAGAAGAGGAAGAUGAUUCAGAAAUUAACCCAAGAGUACCUUCCCAGGAUGCAGUUGAUAUGGAUGUAGAUUUCCCUGAUGCUGACGAAGUACCCAUCGAGUACGGCCGAGCGAGGGACGAUAGCGAUGAGGAGAUCUGGGGCCAAGUCAUCGAAGACGAAGCAGAGAAAGAAUUGCACAAUGUCCUCAACAAAGCCAGGAAACUGAAGCAGAAGAGCAAGAGCAGUCAACGGGUUGAAGAUCAGGUUGCCAGAGUUGUUGCCAGUAUUAAAGUAGAGCCUGAGGAUGAAGAGCCAGCGGCUGCAGCAUCGGUCUCAAACAAAGGAUCCAACAUCAUCUUUAACUCAACAUCAGAAUUCUGUAGAACCCUGGGGGAUAUUCCUUCAUAUGGCAAGUCGGGCCUUCGUGAUGAAGAAGAAGAAACAACGUUGGUAGACUUUGAGAAAGACGAUGAGGAAGACGAGGCGAUGGAAGAUGAAGAAGGAGAAGAAGCAGCCGGAGCAUGGAAUACAGUCAGCAUGGAUGAUAGGGAAGAAAUCAAUCAAGAGGAGGAGGAGCUGGGCCCUGUUCUUGAUGACGAACCAACCCUUCAAGUGGGCAUUGCUGGAGCAUUGAACUUAGCUACCAAGAAGGGCUACCUCAUCAAAGAGAAAGAGAAGAAGAAGAAAGGAGAUUCGCUCACAAUUACUGCCAAGAAUUUCACGGUAGAGGACAAAAACUUCAAUGACAUUGAUUCCAAAUACAAUAAGAAUGAUCGAUUUCGAGGGCCACUCAUGGACUUCAAAGAGAAGUCGGGUUAUAAACCAGAGGUCAAGAUUACCUACACCGAUGAGUCUGGCAGGUCGCUUAAUCAAAAAGAGGCUUUCCGUGUGCUUUCACAUCGUUUCCAUGGUAAAGGGUCAGGAAAAAUGAAGACAGAAAAAAGAGCGAAGAAACUUCUUGAGGAAGAGGCGAUGAAGAAGAUGUCUUCCACUGACACGCCCCUCAACACGGUUGCAAGGAUGCAGGAAAAACAAAAGAACCUCCAAUCAGCUUACAUUGUACUCAGUGGAGGCAGUAAGACAAUGACUGCCCACAGUAUCACAAAGUGAUUGAAUGCCAGUAAAAGCAUUGGAUCCAGCCAGACCAUUGAGGCACAGUGAAGACCCACUGGUUAUAUACUACAUUCGACAUGUAGUAUAUAUCAAGAUCAAAGGGUCUAUCAAAAUCACCAUCGUACAGCAAGAGUGUAAUGACAGGAAUAGAGAGCAUGCUGUAAACGUGCAGCGGCUUUGCAAUCAAUCGUUAUGACCGUGGUGAUAUCGCACAUUUGACUAGAAUCAUUAUCUCAAUGGACGGUGCCCGAGAUGGCACAUUAUAUAUACAUUAUUGAAUGGGUAUCAUGCAUAAGCUAUUACGGACGGGUGGCCAGCCAUGCAU